AUGUCCUUUCAAUGGAACGUGAAGUCUCCACGACCAACAUACUCCAAAAUUGCUUCCAAGAAAACGGUACAGCAGUCGAAAGAAGUAAAACGGGAACAUCCAUUCAUUGACUGGUCCUACAAUGCAGGAGCAUCUAUCACAGCUUUCGCCAUAAACGCCGAGCGGUCUAUGGUUGCACUCGCAGGCAGAGAGCUUCUGAAGCUUGUCUCUGUUACCGGGCUACAGAAACCGAAAGACGUUGCUAAUCUCCGUACAAACUACCGUCCGAACACAUCCUUUUCCUGGAAUCAUGUCAAAUGGGGUAACUCUUCUUCGAAGCAUUUACUCUUUACAUGUUCUCCAUACGGCAGCCUAAACGUGUGGGACAGCACCACACAGGAAAUGACUUACGUCUACAGUGAGCAUACACGUGCUGUACACCGUGUUGAUGUUUCUCCUUUUUUCACGGCGUCUGCCAUCACAGCAUCACAAGACGGCUUAAUUAAGCUUUGGGAUUGCCGGGAACCUACAUCGCGUGCAACCUUUAACGGAAAGUGCGAGGCCGCACGAGACGUUUGUUUUUCUCCUAAUAACACCAAUGAGUUUGUAAGUGCAUAUGAGAAUGGUGCUGUCUUGCGAUGGGACCUUCGUAUGCCUUCAUCGUAUCUUUCCAAACUUGCAGCCCACAACUUCUUGGCACUUUGCCAUUCCAACUAUCGCACCGGUGUCACAAAUUCGAUGGAGACCAGUAACACUUCAAAUACUCCUUCGCACCAAUUGGCCAGCUGCUCUCUACAAGGUGAUGCGCGCAUAUGCAUAUGGGACAUUCAUAGACCCUUUGUACCCCUGCGUACUGUGGAAAUUCAGAAGAACAAUGUUUCGUUCAUCGAAUGGAAGUCUCCCACCACUCUUUGGUCCUGUGGUCGUGAUCAGACGUUUACUCAAACAAAUGUUGAACAUGCCCCUAGCUUCCCAGACAUGCUGCCCACAGCAGUGGUUGCGUGGUCUCCACAAAACGAUCUUACCGUUGUCUCCAGCCGCUGUGCAAAAUCAUCGGCCAAUGCAAUCACUCCCAACCUUCCGUCCCUCAAGUCACACAUCAAUUCGUUAAAGACAGCAUUGAGUAAUCCACAGCCUACUGAGUUUACUAACUACUUACGCAAAAACCGAGAUACAUUGCAAUCAGCUCCCCCGCCGACCGCCCAGUCUCUUACAACGCUUUCUUCUCUAACAAGCGAUUCGAGCCAAUUUGUUACUCUGGCCAAGAAGUACAGGUUUGGAGGUCACCCAUUAACCACUUGUGAAAACAAUGCAGAGGCUGCUCUGGAGGUUGGAAAUUCUGGCGCUUUUGAAGUGUGGAGUACCUUAAGCUUCGUUUUACGACUUAAUAUUGAAAGGGAACUUAACAAAAGAAAAUCGACACAGGAGGAGCAACUGGAUACCACAGAUGAAGAUGACGAUUUUUCCGAUAUAGCAGCCACGUCAAUGGAAAGUUCGAGCGAAACAUCAAACGAGGAUAGUGAUGUUGCAUUUCUAAGUUCAGCCUAUUCAAACUCUAUUGAGAGCUCGCGCGAUCCUUUCGAUGUUGGCAAUCGUGAAGGAAGCAAUGCUGAUUUAUUGACUUCCUAUCAAUCUCAUUCGCACAAUCGCGCACCGAGCCCUCUUGUCACUUGGCAAUCCUCAUACAAUACAAAUAACCUUAUAGGCUCACAGUCGUUACCUUCGCAAAUGGCCAUCAAUCGGAGGCCCUCAACUAAUGUUAAUUCUUUCGGACUCGCGCUGAACCAUUCGUCUGAAAUUGGUAGUCUGAAUGAGGUAUCAUUCCAUGGACAACUAAUAUACGAGUAUCCCAACACAAUGUAUUUAUCCCAAUCCACCGACAGCAUCGAGACACCUUUUAAACUCGCCAACAUUAUAACGUCUACUCUACUUAUGUGCAUCAGAAACUCCGACUGUCAAACUGGCUCUGCUGUUUAUAUAACGUUUUCUGACGUACAUAUUAACUUGCCUGAUGUUCAGCUUAUAGACAUGGUUUCUGGAUACGUUGAGCUUUUAAUGCGACAAAAGCUUUUCGUAGAAGCUGCAAACAUUAUCAAAAUUACUCCUUCAGACGAAUUGAAAUACCUUUAUUCUGCAAAUCGUGAUGUCAGCUUUGGCUGUAGUCACUGCAACAAACCGCUUGAACAAAACCAUUCUAUUCCUGGUGCUAAGAGCUGUUGCCCGAACUGCCAAAUGGUGGGACGCUGUAUUAUUUGUAAUCGCAUUUUGAGCGGUCUGUUGACCUAUUGUCACGAGUGUUCUCAUUCAGGCCAUGCUGAAUGUUUAAUCAAAUGGUUCACGGACCCAAACAACCGCUACCGGGUUUGCCCUGUUGCUGGUUGUGGUCAUGCAUGCAGAUAG